AUGACAUAGAAAAGUAAUACUUUCUUAGAUUUUAUACAAAUUAGAUGGUGGGCAAAUGAGAGAUGGAGAUUCAUAAAAAGAAACUAUAAAUCAGCUGAUGUCGCUGCUCUGAGAUCAUCAAUCGAUCUAGUCACUCCCUCUCACUACCUUUCAAGAAAGCUCUACUGGCUUCUAAGAUCAAAGUUUGAUGAGAGAGACUGCUCAAAGACAUAUGGCGCCUUGGACACAGUUCAAGUUACAAAUAUGUGCAAAUAUUUAUCUUCCAUUUACGUAUCAGGAUGGUAGUGCUCCUCAACUCAUGUGCCAGCUGGUCAUGAACCUGGCCCAGAUUUCGCUGACUAUCCAAUGAGUACAGUGCCUGAUAAAGUUAUGCAGCUAGUUAAAGCUUAAUUAUUCCAUGACAGAAGACAAAACGAAGAAAGAUCAACAAUGACACAAUAGUAAAGAGAGUAGCAUAAAAAGGUUGAUUACUUAGUUCCAAUAAUAGCUGAUGCUGACGCAGGUUUUGGAGGUAUCACCUCAGUAAUGAAAUUAGUAAAAAUGUUCAUAGAAGCAGGUGCUGGUGGUAUCCACAUUGAAGAUUAAAAGCCAGGAGUAAAGAAAUGUGGGCAUUUGGGUGGAAAAGUGCUGGUAUCAACUAGAGAGCAUGUAACUAGAUUGCAAGCAGCAAGACUUUAAGCAGACGUAAUGGGAUGUGAUUUAGUUAUUUGUGCUAGAACAGAUGCUUUAAGCGCAGCUUUCAUUGAUAACAAUAUUGAUCCAGCUGAUCAUCCAUUUAUCUUGGGCUGUGUAGACCCCAAUAAUUAGCAAAAACUCCUAACCUUCCCUUAAGCAGGCAGAAUUUCUAUUUGUCAAAAUUUUAGAUAAGAGGAAAGAGAUAGAAUAUUGAAGUUAUGGGACUAGCAUGCGAUACACAUGUCACUAGAGUAGGCAAUGGAUAUGGCUAAAAAACAUAAAUUUGAAUUCUAUUUUGAUUGGGAGGGUUGCAGAACUUAAGAGGGAUACUAUAGAGUAGAAGGUAGCGUUGCCUUCUGUGUUAAAAGAGGUAUAAUUUUUGCUGAUUAUGCCGAUCUUUUGUGGAUGGAGACACCCACUCCAGAUCUCUAAGUUGCAAAGGAAUUUGCUGAUGGAAUACACUCAUAGAAACCACAUGCACUACUCUCAUACAAUCUCUCUCCAUCCUUUAAUUGGGAUGCAUAGUAAAUGAGUGAAGAAGACUUAGAAAAUUUCAUUCCAAAUCUUGCAUCAAUGGGAUAUUGCUGGUAAUUUAUUACUCUUGCAGGUUUCCAUAUGGAUGCUUUGAUAAGCGAGGUAUUCUCUUCUAACUUCCAAAAGACUGGCAUGUUAGGUUUCGUUGAGUAUAUUCAAAGAAAAGAAAAAUCAGAAAACGUUGAUUAGUUGCUUCAUUAAAAAUGGUCAGGUGCAAACUUGAAAGACCGUGAAGUUAAUCUUGCAUCAAACAACUAAAUUAGCACUCUAUCAAAUCAAAUGGGUGGUGGAACGACUGAAGAUCAAUUUUACAAGAAUGGCCAGAACAAAGGACAUGGACAUCAUUGA